AUGGCUGACAAGGAAAGUCCACAACUAACACAGGAGGAGCUCCUGGCCCGAAUCGCCGAGUUUCAGGCAGAAGUACGAAGGAUAGCCGAGCUAUCAACGCAGAAUAAUGGAGAAAGCUCCAAAGGCUCGGCCCAAGGCACCACAUAUCCCUUAAACAUCAUCCCGCCGAAGGAGAAUCUUACCCUCGACAACCCCUUCUCCGAGGAGAUCACAAAUUACCAGAUGCCAAAGAACUUUACGCUACCCACCGCACUUGAACCGUAUAAGGGGUUCGGAGAUCCCCGAGCCCACGUGAAGAUGUUCCAAUCAAUGAUGUUCUUCAACGGUCCUAACAAUGAACCCACCCUCUGCCGAGCAUUCCCCACUUACCUCGAUGUUGCUGCAUUACUCUGGUUUUCUAAACUUUCUGUAGGUUCAAUUUCCUCCUUCGAAGAUCUAGCCAGGUCAUUUAUUGAUUAUUUUGCUGCGUCAAGGAUAUAUGUGCACGGAUCAGAUUAUCUCGGGACCAUCAAACAAGGUCAGCACAAGAGCUUGAAGGACUACAUGACCAGGUUCGCGGACGCCAUUAUGGAGAUCCAAUACCUGGACCCGGCCGUCCACCUGCAUGCCCUCAAGGCUGGCUUCAGGCCCGGCAAAUUUCGGGAGACCAUUGCUAUAACAAAACCAAAGACGCUAGAAGAGUUCCGGGAAAGGGCAGCAGGUCAAAUGGAGAUCGAAGAACUCCGCGAGGCCUAA